CAUUUUCUUUGAAACUCCAGUCCUUGGAAUGAAUUUCCAUACAGAGAUUCUGCAGAGAGAAACGCAAUGGGAGGAUUGUCGAUUGAUGACUUUUUAUCACUGUGGUCCCUCAUGACACUCCUAAACCCAGUUUACACCAUAGAGAACCUGAUAUACAUUGGUUACUCUGGUGAUCCUGCAUCUGCUGUUCGUUUGACAAGGAAACGGCGGUUAGACCGCAAGAAGCAACAAUUGGACCGAAGUGUUCUUCAGUGCUUUGUGUUUGGGCCUAAGAAGGCUGGAAAAUCUUCUUUAUUGGAUGCAUUUCUUGCAAGGUCAUUUUCUGAGACUUAUAUUCCUACAACUGAAGAACGCUAUGCUGUAAAUGUUGUGGACCAACCUGGAGGAACAAAAAAAACCCUUAUUUUGAGGGAAAUACCUGAAGAUGGAGUGAACAAACUGUUGUCUGGCAAAGAGUCUUUAGCUGCUUGUGACAUUGCACUAUUUGUGCAUGACAGCUCUGACGAGUCCUCCUGGAAGAAAGCAACUGAUUUACUGGUUGAAGUCGCAAGUCAUGGUGAGGAUACUGGCUAUGAGGUGCCUUGUUUAAUUGUUGCUGCCAAAGAUGACCUCGAUUCAUUUCCCUUGGCCAUACAAGAUUCUACGAGGGUGAGCCAAGAUAUGGGUAUAGAAGCUCCAAUACCUAUCAGCACAAAAUUGGGUGAUUUCAAUAAUGUAUUCCGAAGAAUCGCAUCUGCUGCAGAGCACCCUCAUUUAAGUAUCCCUGAAACGGAGGCAGGCAGAACUCGCAAGCAUUAUCACAAGCUCAUAAACCGCUCUCUUAUGUUUGUUUCAGUUGGAGCUGCUGCUACGAUUGUCGGACUGGCCGCAUACCGUGUUUACCUCGCGAGGAAGAAUUCUUCCAGCUAAAUGAUGAAGGGCUCUAUGAAUCGUUUCGCUUUAGAUAUGGUUGGUAUCCUAAAUCCUUACACUUUUAUCUGUUCAAUGCUCAGACCUUUUGCCAUUUCUCUGAUUCUAUUGGGUUUCCCGAGUUGGCUUUAUUAGAUAUAAUAGAUGAUAGAUAAGUUGCAAUUUUCAAUCUAAGGAGCACGCUUUAGUUUUAGCACUCUGGUUUUUCUGUAUGAUAAUUUUAUGUUAACAGUAAAUUGUCAAACCCUAUUCUGCUAUAGGGUCGUCCCCCCUCCACCCAAAUAAUGUUAGGAUUUAUGGUUGUACAAUCAGACCAGUUAUUCAAGAAGGGAAAUGAGAAGUUUUUGCUAUGGAAAUAUUCAA